AUGGUUUCCGCAAAGAAGCACGUUCCUAUCGUCAAGAAGCGCACCAAGCAUUUCAGCCGGCACCAGAGUGACCGGUUUAUGCGCGUUGACUCUAGCUGGAGAAAGCCCAAGGGUAUUGACAGCCGUGUUCGUCGGCGAUUCCGGGGCCAGCAGGUCCUGCCGUCGAUUGGCUUCGGCUCCAACAAGAAGACCCGCCACAUGACCCCGUCUGGACACAAGGCCUUUCUUGUCAGCAACGUCAACGACGUCGAGCUUUUGCUGAUGCACAGCCGGACAUACGCCGCGGAGUAG